CCUCCGCCUCUGCUUCCGCGUAGCAAGCAGCCCCGGGAGCUGGAGCCGAAGCGGGAUUCAGAGUGCCGGCCGGCUGUGAGGCCGGGGCAGCAGCUGGCGGCCAGGGUCAGGGCAGGAACCUGGACUGAGGCGGCGGGCGCUGCGUCUCUGCGAGAUGGACGGGACAGAAGACAAUGUUGGGCAACCCGGCCCCGCUGAUCGGUCCCAUCGAAGCAGCGUGUCCUCCGUGGGAGCCCGAGCAGCCGACGUGCUGGUGUACCUGGCGGAUGACACAGUGGUGCCCCUGGCCACGGAGAACCUGCCCUCGCUCACUGCCCACGAGCUGCAUCAGAGCGUCCGUGAGGUCCUGCAGCUCCCGGAUGUUGCCCUGGAUGCCUUUGCGCUCUGGCUUGUCUCCCCUCUGCUGGAGGUGCAGCUGAAGCCCAAGCACCAGCCCUACAAGCUGGGCCGCCAGUGGCAGGAACUGCUGCUGCGAUUCACCGACGCCCCGGACGAUGACGUGGCCAUGGAUGAGCCUUCCCUGCAGUUCCGGAGGAACGUGUUUUUCCCCAAACGGCGGGAGCUCCAGAUCCACGACAAGGAGGUCCUGCGGCUGCUCUACGAGGAGGCCAAGAGCAACGUGCUGGCCGCUCGGUACCCAUGCGACGUGGAGGACUGCGAGGCCCUGGGCGCCCUGGUGUGCCGCGUGCAGCUCGGGCCCUACCAGCCUGGCCAGCCCACUGCCUGUGCCCUGAGGGAGAAGCUGGACUCCUUCCUCCCUGCCCACCUCUGUAAGCGGGGCCACGGGCUCUUCGCUGCCCUCCGGGGCCGUGGGACCAAGGCCGGAACUGGCGAGCAGGGCCUGCUGAACGCCUACAGCAGGGUGAAGGAGGUGGCCGGCAGCGAGAGCGAGCACGAGGCCUCCCUCAGCCCCCACUACCGCGCCUACCUCCUCAAGUGCCACGAGCUGCCCUUCUACGGGUCUGCCUUUUUCCACGGCGAGAUUGACAAGCCAGCCCAGGGCUUUUUGCACCGCGGCGGGCAAAAGCCAGUGUCUGUGGCCAUCAGUCUGGAGGGCGUGCAUGUCAUUGACAGCAGGGAGAAGCACGUCCUGCUGGGCCUGCGCUUCCAGGAGCUGUCGUGGGACCACACCUCUCCCGAGGAGGAAGAGUCUGCCCUGUGGCUGGAGUUCGACGGGGACAGCGAGGGCACACCGGUCAACAAGCUCCUCAAGGUCUACUCCAAGCAGGCCGAACUGAUGAGCAGCCUCAUCGAGUACUGCAUCGAGCUGAGCCAGGCCGCGGAGCCCGCCGCCCCCCAGGAGAGUGCAGCCGGCGCCGCCUCGGCCCCUGGCAACUCACCACCCGCCACUCAACGCCCCCAGCUGCGGAGGCAGGGCAGCGUGGUGUGCAGCCGGAUCCAGCAUCUCUCCACCAUCGACUACGUGGAGGAGGGCGAGCAGAUCAAGCGGGUGAAACCGAAACGCAGCACGUCCUUCUUCAGCCGGCAACUCUCCCUGGGCCAGGGGAGCUACACCGUGGUGCAGCCCACUGAGAGCCUGGAGCAGGGCUGAGGGCCGCAGUGCCUGGCAGGAGGGCAUGGGGGCAGCCCCCGGGCCUGGCCCAGCAUCAUGCUACCUGAGGGGGGAGCGCUGGGAGGAGGGCAGCCUCGGCGUGUGGACAAGUCACUUCUGUACCUGGGACGCUGCCCGGGCUGUGCUGUGCAGAGCCGGCUGGGGGCUGCUGCAGGGUCCCUCCUGCAGCCUGCCUGCCCUCCCCCCGGACGCCAGGCCCCGCUGCAGUCUCAGGACCAAUCUGACCAGGUUCCGGCCGCCCCCUCCCACCCAGGGACUCGCCUUUGUGCCCCUCUCAAAACGGACAGUAUCCCCUGCCCUGAAGUCCCCGCUGGAGGCAGGUGUCCCCACUGGAGGAGGAAUAGGGCUCAGGACACUUGGGCGUACUGUGUGUCUUUGGUCUUUCCCCUGGACUUUGGUGACCACAUCCCCGCAUUCCUUCUGCUGCAUUCCAGCCCACACCACCAGGCUGGGACGUGGCCCUGCAGGGAGAGGGCAGGGGACCUCCCUGGAUUGAAACACAGCAGGAACAGAGAAGGUGAGGCCCCCACCAAGCCCUCCCCGGCUGGAUGGAACUGGAUGGCCCCUGCGCCCCUCACUCAGGCCUCUCUUGCGGGCAGGAGACACUCUGACCAGAAGGAAAGUGUGCUUGCUCAUCUUUGGUGAUGUCACUGUGCUGGGAGCUGGCUGUCCUGUGGACCAACAAGUCCACUGGACCCACACUCCACACCCGGAGGAGCUCCCAAACCCCCUUGGGCUGCAGGUUUUAGUUUUGAUCUUUCUUUGUCUGCUUCGGUUCCAUGAAGCUGUGAACUUGGGCAACUCACAAGGAUGCUGCCGCCGGCCUCGGAGCCGCUGGCGCUCCUUCCAGGAUGGCGCUGUGGUUUCACCCGGCCUGAGCCAGGGGGCCGGCCCAUGCACGGGAAAGCCCAGGACGGGAGUGGUCUCCUCCUUCCCGAGGACCUUGUAGGGAGGCUGGAUGUGGCCUGGGCGUGGCUCUUCCCACACCCACCUGCCUUCCCCCGGACGAGCUGGCCUCGGGGAGGGCCUCCCAGCCCUCGGGCUCCUCCGUGGUAGGUCCCUGGCUUUCCUGAGUGCUUCCUGGGACUUGAGGCAGUCCCAGCUCAGCACAGGCUUUGCUUUGUCUUCCCUUCCCAGGGGAGAAUGUGGGAGAGGAAAUGUGAAUCUCUUGUCUCCGGAUUUCCAGUCACCUCCUUCUCCCUUUGGUGACUCUUGAACACUCCAGAUGUUUCGAGGUGGCUUGUCUUUCAGCAGUAGGGACUUUGUUAUCUGACAUCAUAAAUAGGCGUCUCCAGUCUUUUGGAAUGUCCUAGCCAAAGGACAUCUCAUCUCUCCUCCUGGAGUCCCUCCCUGGCUCCCAGCCCUCUGGUUAUCUUAUCCCACUCACUGUUUUGAUGCCAGGUGAAUUCUUAUCUGAUGGGUUGAGGGGCCUGAGGGUGUGUGUGUGUGUGUGUGUGUGUGUACACACAGAUUACUUGUUUUGACUCUUCAGCCUCUUUUUCCUAUUUUCUUAGCAUCCAUUGUGCCUUAACUUUUUCUGCCUGCCCUUUCGGGCAAAGCAGUAUUUUACUAAAUGUCCUUUGAAUAUUCUUAUCCCUUCGUAUCAUGUGACUUAUUAAUAAUAAAAUCAAUUUCCAGCAAA